AUGUCGCUUCAACAUUUCCAUAGUUCUCCAUUCGCUCUUGCAUCGUUCUCAUUAAUCCAAUUUGGUAGCGUAAUUGCUGAGAAUCUCGGUGGGCUAGAUAGUGAUGAAUCAGGAUCUGACAAUAAUAACGAUGAUUCAUCCCCAAAGGCUAAGGCCACAACUACAGAGAAAACCAAAACUGAUCAAGACACCACCCAGAAUACGGAUACUGCAACAAACACCAAUACAAACACCAAUACAAAUGCCAAUACAAAUACAAAUACAGACACAUACACAACCAAUACGGCUGGAACGACCGAUACCACACAAGAAAUGACCCAAAAACCAGAGACAAAUACUGACAUCACUGCUACUAGCACAGGCAGAGUUACUUACAACCAAUGGGGUUUCACAGGAUCGCAAUCUGUUUGGGGUGAAGAAACAAAGACGGUCACUUCAGGCUCAUCUGAAUCAAGUUCGGCAUCUCAUUCCACCCAUUCUGUUAAAGGGAACAAAACAUCGAACGCGAAUAGAAUUAGUGAUAACAUAGUUAGCUAUGAUGGUUCAAGUAAAAAGACAUUCUUGAUUGCUAGCUUAAUAGGAAUAAGUGCAUGCAUCAGUGCUUUGUAG